GGAUGUGAGAGACAGACACACACAGAGACACAGAGAGCGAAAGAGGGCAAGAGACUUGACUUUAAGAGACUCCUGCACUGACAACUCCAUGCAGUUCGGAACAAGAACGGCAGCGACCGAGUCUGGUUUCAUGGGGACAUGGCAGAACACUGACACCAACCUCUUAUUCAGAAUGUCCCAACAGGCUAUUCGCUGUACACUGGUAAAUUGCACAUGCGAAUGUUUUCAGCCAGGGAAGAUUAACCUGAGAACCUGUGAUCAGUGUAAACAUGGCUGGGUGGCACAUGCCUUGGACAAACUUAGUACUCAGCAUCUCUACCACCCAACCCAAGUGGAGAUUGUGCAGUCCAAUGUUGUGUUUGACAUCAGCAGCUUGAUGCUCUACGGCACUCAGGCUGUCCCUGUGCGACUGAAGAUACUGCUUGAUCGACUUUUCAGUGUACUGAAGCAAGAGGAGGUGUUGCAUAUUCUACAUGGCUUAGGCUGGACACUUCGAGACUAUGUUCGAGGCUACAUUCUUCAGGAUGCUGCAGGCAAGGUACUGGACCGCUGGGCCAUCAUGUCCAGGGAAGAAGAGAUCAUUACCCUUCAGCAGUUCCUGAGAUUUGGAGAAACGAAAUCUAUUGUGGAGCUGAUGGCAAUUCAAGAAAAAGAAGGGCAGGCUGUGGCUGUGCCAUCUUCAAAGACAGAUUCAGAUAUAAGGACUUUUAUUGAAAGCAAUAAUCGCACCAGGAGCCCAAGUCUCCUUGCUCACCUGGAGAAUAGCAACCCUUCCAGCAUUCAUCAUUUUGAAAACAUCCCGAAUAGCCUUGCAUUCCUGCUUCCAUUCCAGUACAUAAAUCCAGUCUCUGCUCCACUGCUGGGGCUGCCUCCAAAUGGCCUCCUGCUGGAACAGCCAGCAAUGAGGCUCCGUGAACCAAGUCUUACAACCCAAAAUGAAUAUAACGAGAGCAGUGAAUCUGAAGUUUCCCCUACGCCUUUCAAGAAUGAGCAAACAUCCAACAGGAAUGCUUUGACCAGCAUCACGAAUGUUGAGCCCAAAAGUGAGCCAGCCUGCGUCUCUCCUGUUCAGACACCUACGCCAGUCAGUGAUUUAUCAAAAACAGAACACACUAAAAGCUCGUUCCGAAUUCACAGAAUGAGGAGAAUGGGAUCAGCCUCGAGGAAAGGAAGAGUGUUUUGCAAUGCAUGUGGCAAAACUUUCUAUGACAAAGGUACACUUAAAAUCCACUACAAUGCUGUACACCUGAAAAUCAAGCAUCGGUGCACUAUUGAAGGCUGCAACAUGGUUUUCAGCUCUCUCAGAAGCCGCAAUCGCCACAGUGCUAACCCCAAUCCCCGACUCCACAUGCCUAUGCUAAGGAAUAACCGUGACAAAGAUCUGAUACGUGCUACAUCAGGUGCCGCUACUCCCGUCAUAGCAAGUACAAAAUCCAACCUAACUUUAACAAGUCCUGGGCGCCCACCGAUGGGGUUUACCACUCCCCCUCUAGACCCUGUACUGCAGAACCCUCUUCCUAGUCAGCUGGUCUUCCCAGCUUUAAAGACUGUCCAACCCGUUCCACCUUUUUACAGAAAUUUACUUACUCCUGGAGAGAUGGUGAGUCCUCCAACCUCACUCCCUACCAGUCCAAUAAUACCAGCAGUGAGUGGCAUGGAGCAGCAUCCCCCUCCUCCUUCAGAGUCAUCAGUACCUUCAGUGUUGAUGCCCACCCCAGAGCCCAAUGCAGACCUUGCUCCCAAGAAGAAGCCAAGGAAGUCAAGCAUGCCAGUUAAAAUUGAAAAGGAAGUUAUCGAUACUGCUGAUGAGUUUGAUGAUGAAGACGAAGAGGUGAAUGACAGCAGCACGAUGGUGAAUGACAUUGGUAAUGACAAUCACUGCCAUUCUCAGGAGGAAAUGAGCCCAGGCCUGUCUGUGAAAGACUUUUCCAAAAAUGACAGAAGCAGAUGCAUUUCCAGACCAGACAUAAGAAGGGCAGACAGCAUGACAUCAGAAGACCAGGAGCAUGAGAGAGACUACGAAAAUGAGUCAGAGUCAUCAGAGCCCAAAUUGUGUGAGGAAACCAUGGAAGGCGAUGAUCGCCUCCAUGAACCUGGUGAAAAAUCAACGAUGCACGGUAACAGACCAGAUGAAAACCACAAUGACUCUUCCAAUCAGGAUGUCAUUAAGGUGAAGGAAGAGUAUACAGACCCUACAUAUGAUAUGUUUUAUAUGAGCCAAUAUGGCCUGUACAAUGGAGGCAGUGCCAGUAUGGCUGCUCUUCAUGAAAGUUUCACUUCUACAUUCAACUACAGCAGCCCCCAGAAGUUCUCCCCAGAAGCUGAAAUGUGCUCCAGCCCAGACCCCAAGAUCUGCUAUGUUUGCAAGAAAAGUUUCAAGAGUUCCUACAGUGUGAAGCUUCACUACCGAAAUGUUCAUUUAAAAGAGAUGCAUGUCUGCACAGUGGCUGGCUGUAAUGCUGCAUUCCCAUCACGGAGAAGCAGAGACAGACACAGUGCUAACAUAAACCUGCACCGUAAACUGUUGACCAAAGAACUGGAUGACAUGGGCUUGGACACUUCACAGCCUUCUCUUAGUAAGGACCUCCGCGAUGAAUUUUUGGUGAAGAUAUAUGGCGCUCAGCAUCAGAUGGGGCUUGACAUAAGGGAAGACACCUCCUCACCUGCUGGUACUGAGGAUUCCCAUAUGAAUGGGUAUGGCAGGGGCAUGGCGGAAGACUAUAUGGUCCUAGACCUGAGCACCACCUCCAGCAUCCAGUCCAGCAGCAGUAUCCAUUCCUCAAGAGAAUCUGAUGCAGGAAGUGAUGAGGGUAUUCUCCUGGAUGACAUCGAUGGAGCGAGUGACAGCGGGGAAUCUGCCCACAAAGCAGAUGCCCCUGCCUUAGCUGUAGAAGCUACAAGGGUGAAACCAGCAGACAAAUUCCUGAGGCCUGUUUGUAUCAGAAGUCUAAAGGCUGAGCCCAGACUCUGUUCCCCUGUCAACUCCAUGUGUACAUGGCACUGACGGAGGUGGAAGCAGCUGGAUGAGCUGACCUGCAAUGAUGAGCUUGGGUAGCCUUUCUUGGUGUACCAUUUCUGAGACUGUUUGUGGAAUCUGAGAACUUUCUGAUUGAAGAAACUAUUUGUGUACUUCAUGUGUGUGUGUAUGUAUGUGAGUGUGAGUGUGACAGACAGAGAAGGAGAAACAAACACAGUGUUAGAACAACGAGUCUUAAAAUGAAGACUACAAGUGAGCAAAAUUAUAUCAUUUUCAUCAUUACAUAGAUAUAUAUAUUUCCUCAUGCACUUAAAAGCACAAGAAGCAUGAGUGAGCAAAUAUCUAAUGUGUAGAGAGGUUUUUUCUGGUAUUCUACAGAUUUUGUAUACUGCUCCCUUCAAACCUUUGGAGACAAAUAUCUUAGAAAAAUGAAGAAAAGCAUCCAGGGCAAUUAUAUUUCUAGAGAAGAAAGAGAGAGCAAGAGUAGCUAAGUGAUGCAUAAAGAUUUUAUAAGGCAUCCAUUGUCAAACAAAAGGUUGAGAAUAAUCAGAGGAUAAUGCACAGUUAGGAUGGCAAACUCAUCAAUAGUUAAUCACAACCUGUCCACUUCUGUCACGAAAUGGAGGAGGCUAUGAACAGUGGCUCUGGAGCACCAGUGGCAGUUGUGCAUGCGUGUGUCUGUACCUGAGCGGGGGAGCAUUAUGCAAUCAUCACAUCCAGCUCAAGAUGUUGUCACAUGGUCUACAUUCCCGUCCCCCCACCCCUUCUCCUGUACUGAUGGGGCAGAAUGCUUCCCUCCACCCCAUCACCACUGCUAAAUGGUACAGAAGCCACAUGAAUUGUGAUUCUAGGGAUGUUGUUCUUAGUUUACCCGAUGAGCUAUGGAGUAAAUAGGGCCACUUAAGCUGUACAAACUAAGGCUGAUUUAUUAAUUAUUUUUCAACUAUAUUUUUACAUUUGGAUUUUUUUUUAACUUUAUUUUUUAACAAACCCUUGUACAAUCUUCAACCAUUGUCUUAAUUUUCCCAUUUUCUUCACCUGUCUCCACCCCUUCUUCUCUUAUGCCAAGAGAGUGUCUCAUUCAAAUUCUCUCAGAAAAGUAACACAUCCUCCUGGUGUUCUUCAUUUUGGAUAGUUUUAUGCAUUCCAUCUGUGAAAAUGGUCACCUUUUGGAAACUGGCAAAAUUAAUAAAAUGGCCAAUGUUGUUUUUGUGUAUCUCAUUUAGCUAUUUAUAAAUAUGAAAUUCAGCAUGCUGCUUGUGCACACUUUGGUUCCUAUGUCAUAUGGGGCUCCUUUCUCAGAAUGUGGCUGUUUUUUGAUGAGCAGCAUUUGUGUUCUCAGUUCAUCCUUCUGCCUCUCCUCCAGUCUAUAAGAGUGACCUGUGUUCCAGUGCAAUGUAUGUGUGAUAGGUGCACAAAUAGGUUGAUCUGAACCCUGAACACAUUCAAAAUUUACCCUGGCUGAAGUUCUACACACUUUUACUUAUCACAAGCAGAGUACUGCAGUUUGUCCCUACGAAUAACUCACUGUAGGGGGCUUACCCCUGUGGUCAAAGGGGUUUAGAGUUUCAUUGUUUGACUGAAGGCUCUUGCUCACUGGCACAGUUGUUCCUUUAACAGCUUUUAACUGAGAAGGUCAAACAUGGUGAUUUGCUAUGUAGCUAUCUGCUGUGUUUCAGUUCUCCUGAAAUGGAAAGAUGGAAAUCUGACUGGGGGUUCACGUGGAGAUGUAAACGGAGAUAAACUGGAUUUGAACCUUCAUGUAUUUGAGGGUUCUUAGGGGGCUGGCAGUGUAUUCAGUCACAGAGGCAUAAAGCCUGGAAGCCCCUUUCUCAGCAGGCCUGGGAGGGCUCUCACAGCCCAGCUGCAACCCCCGUGACACCCUGUGAUGCACCAACAGCGGCAAAGGGGCUGAUGCAUACAGAAUGGCAAGAUUGCAGCUGUUUUGCAAAGCUAGACUUCUUCUGGUGGACUUUGUCAAGACGUGUUCCUGGUGUUCCCCCGACAGGCAUAGGAAAGUGCGCAGUCAAGGCUUGAUGGACAUUUUUACAAAGGCCCUUCUCUGUUUGGAAUAGAGGAGGCUUUUCAUUUUCACUGUUUGAUCUCAACGUGAACAAAACGUGAAUGCUCUGCUGUCCUGCCUGCAGAACCAAAGCAUGCACUGUAGAAUAUAGCUGUACAAGGGGAUACAAAAAACUGCAUCAUGUUGAUCUAAUAAUCGUACAUUGGUAGCUUCAUAAAUAUUGUAUGUACUCUAAACAAGUUUUUUCCAUUUGUAGUCUGAGGGAAUUGAAAAUCCUGUUUUUAAUUUGACAUUUCUUUUCUUGUAUUUUCUGUACUGUAACUGUCCUACAGUAUGUCUUUUGCAUAAAAUGCAUAAGGUUUUGGGGAUAUAAAUGGAGUUUUACUCAUACUUUGUCCAAAUACCUCUUGUAAUUUGUAUCAA